AUGGCUCGUCCUCGCAGCCCUGGCACACGCGACAGUCCAGGCGACCGCUCGCCUUCGUCCGCCAAGCGCUCUCGUCUCUCGUCUCCAACCGCAGACUCGCCAGGAGGAUUCAGCUCUGUCAAGUCCCCACCGUCCCUAGCCUCUGGAAAAUACACCUCAGGGACAUAUGGCACCCUGCGCUCAGAUGCAAUGACCAUGGACCUCGACGGACGAGAUCACCAUCGCUCAUCUGAUCGCGAACGCCACCACCGCGAGCGCGAUUAUGGCAGGACAGAUCGGGACCACAGGGACAGGAAUCACGGAGACCGGAGUGCAGACUACGAGCGAGAUCAUAGAGAUCGAUAUGGAAACGAUCGGUCCAGGGACUAUGACAGGGAGAGAGACUAUGCGAGGGAAUCGCAUCGAGACUACAACCGGUCUUCCCGUGACAGGGAUGGCAGAGAUGGACGGGACCGCCAUGACAGUCGAAACCGCCGGGACCGCGAACGAGUAAGGGAUCGGGAAGGAUAUGACCGGGAGCGAGACCAUGGUCGGGAACGCCAUGACCGGGACCGCAUUGAACGGUCGGACCGAACCAGGUCCACCUCACGACCUCUGGACGAUCGUGAACGGAGCUUAACACCCACGACCACAGGAAGCACCAUUACCACACCUGUCACCCCCGCCACAUCCACCUUGGCUUCAUCUUCGCCUGUCAUUGCAGCCGAUACAUUGGCCACAUCAACCUCGUCCCUGCCUACAACCCCAGGUGUUGAUGCAGCCUCGGGCGCAUCAGGAACCCCAGUUCAGAUUUAUACACCUACAGCAGAUUCGACCACAGCGCCAUCUACUCCAACCUUACCGACGCCAGCACCCAAGGAGAAACCUGAGCCAGUCGCAAAGCCCUCCGGCUUCACACUCAUUUCGAUGACACCUGUGUCUCCCAAGACUUUGGGCGCAAUCUCAAUCACACGGACUCCUUUGACUUUGACAGCACAUCCAAUGUCGACGGCGUUUGCGGAUUCAGACGCUGCGAAGAAGAGAAGGGAGAAUGUCAUGCAGUGGAAGCUCGGGAAGGAGACCGCAAAGCAGGCAGAGGGCCAAUCAAAGCCAACUGGAUUCAACUUGCAUCAAAAGGCGAGCGGAAUCAAAUCAGCUUCAGGAUUGUCAACUGCAACUCCCAAUGCAUCAAAGGCGUUCAAUUGGGACGAGGAUGACGAGGACCAGGAGGGUCCCAAGAGACCACCUCUGCCCCUCUCCCUCCCUACCGAUGAGCCACAACAAGAUGAGAAUGGUGAUGUCGCCAUGGGGGACAAUGAUGAUGACGAGAGCCAGACUCCUACACAGGAUGACAAUGCGAUGGAUGAGGAUGAGGUUGACCCUCUGGAUGCCUUCAUGGUGGAUGUUACAGCAGAAGUGAAGCAGCUGGAAAAGCAGGAAGCCAAGCGGAAUGUCAAGCUUCGAAAGGCACAGGAGGAACUCGAGACGGAGGACAACUCAGAACCCAAACCCGCCAUUCAGGAUGAUGAGGACCCAGAGGAUCUUGAGGAGUCGUCCGAGGAGGAGGACAUCUUGGCUGCGGCUGCCAAAAGGAUCAAGAAGAAGGAAAUUCCUACGGUGGACCACUCCAAGAUGCAGUACGAGUACUUUCGCAAAGACUUUUAUCUUGAGCCUCCAGAGAUGGCCGAUAUGACACCCGAGGAGAUUCACGGUAUGAGACUGGAGCUGGAUGGCAUCAAGAUCCGUGGAGCAGAUUGUCCCAAGCCUAUUAGGAAGUGGACUCAGGCUGGUCUCCCACCAGGAUGUAUGCAAGUGAUCAAGGACAAGUUGAACUAUGUGGCGCCGACGUCGAUCCAGUCGCAGGCAAUUCCAGCAAUUAUGAGUGGCCGAGAUGUCAUUGCAGUGGCCAAGACAGGAUCAGGAAAGACGAUUGCGUUCAUUCUACCAAUGCUUCGACAUAUCAAGGACCAGCGACCUCUAGAAGGCAUGGAGGGACCGAUUGCGAUUAUUAUGACGCCGACCCGCGAGCUUGCGGUUCAAAUCCACAAGGAGUGUAAAAACUUUUUGAAGGUACUGAACUUGCGGGCAGUGUGUGCGUAUGGUGGGUCACCUAUUAAGGACCAGAUUGCUGAAUUGAAGCGUGGAGCCGAAAUUGUCGUCUGUACACCCGGAAGAUUGAUCGACUUAUUAUGUGCUAACUCCGGCAGGGUCACCAAUCUCAGGAGAACCACCUUCAUGGUCCUCGAUGAAGCCGACCGAAUGUUUGACAUGGGUUUUGAGCCCCAGGUCAUGAAAAUCGUCAACAAUGUCCGUCCACAGCGCCAAGUCGUCCUCUUUUCCGCAACGUUCCCCAAGCAGAUGGAAGCCCUGGCUCGCAAGCUGCUAAGACGCCCACUGGAGAUCACUGUUGGUGCGCGAUCUGUUGUCGCGGAAGAUGUCACUCAGUUUGUCGAGGUCCGCGAGGAUGAUACUCGGUUCAAUCGACUGCUGGAGAUUCUCGGACAGGCGUACAAUGAUGAUCCUGAGGCACGCGUGUUGAUCUUUGUCGGUCGACAGGAGGCCGCCGAUAACUUGCUCCGAGACUUGAACCGUCGUGGAUACCUCAGCAUGUCCAUCCAUGGUGGCAAGGACCAAGUGGAUAGAGAUAGUGCAAUCUCAGACUUCAAGGCGGGGGUGUGUCAGAUCUUGAUUGCAACCUCGGUGGCAGCUCGUGGAUUGGACGUCAAGAAGCUGGGGAUUGUGAUCAACUAUGAAUGUCCCAACCACAUGGAGGAUUACGUCCAUCGUGUGGGACGGACAGGUCGUGCAGGAAACAAGGGAAUCGCCUACACGUUUAUUACCCCUGAACAAGAACGGUUUGCACCGGAUAUCGCCAAGGCGCUGACCAACAGUUCACGGGCGGUCCCACCAGAGUUGCAAGCACUUGUGGAUUCCUUCCAUGAGAAGCUGAAGUCUGGAGACGCCAAGCAGACAGCCUCUGGAUUUGGCGGCAAGGGUCUUGAGAAGUUUGAAAAGGAGCGCGACAAAGUCCUCGCCAUCCAAAAGAAGACAUAUGGAGGUGGGGAUGAUGAAGGGUCGGAUGGAGAGGGCGGCGGAGACGCGAGCGAAAUCGUUGUGGAAGCAAAGCAAGUGCAAGCAGGCAUCACCGCAGGAAAGGCUGCUGCCAAUGCGGCAGCAGAGGAGAACGCCGACGGCAAGACAAACGCUGCAGCAGCGUCUGGUACAACUUCUACAGCGACUGGCUCCGGCUCUGGGUCAGCAGCAGCAGCAGGCGGUGCUCCCGGUGCCAACAAUGCCCUUGCAGAAGCUUUGCGCAAGGCCAAGGAGGCAGCGGAUGCUUUGAGUCAGUCGCUUGGAGGCGAUGGACGACAGCGUGCGUUGGAGGUGAUCAGCAACCUAAACAAGUCGCGACCAGGUGCCCCAGGAGCAGGUGGAGCAGCCGAUACCGCUGGAUCUAUGGGUGGUAGUGGUGGUCCUGGAGGAGCUGGUGGCCAUCGUGAUAACGGCUUUGCGAUUGAGAUUGAGAUCAACGACUACCCGCCCAAGGCGCGUUUGAUGGUGAUACAAAAGAUGAUGAUUGAUCAGAUCUCUGAUCAUUCUGGAGCCGCGAUUACGACGCGAGGUGUGUUUGUGGAACAGGGCAAGCAGCCUCCUCCGGGCGAGCGCAAGUUGUAUCUGUUUAUUGAGGGCGACUCCCAGCUUGUCAUUGACAAGGCCAAGAACGAGAUCACGCGAAUCUUGAGGGAGGAGGCCAACAAGGCUGCGGAUGCGACCAACCGUGGAGGAGGGCCUGGUCGUGGCGGUGGAGGGCGCUUUCAAAUUGUGUAA